CGAAAAGGUUGGUGGAAGAAUUUGCGGAUUUUUUUCCUGAAAAAGAGAAAUUUACUAGUGUCAGAUUUCAAGAGUUGUCACUCUGUUUAAUUAAAAAACGUUCACGUUUCUAAUGAGAUAGACAGAGAGUCAGAAAGCACUUAGCAUUUUCUUUCUAGAGUGAUCGAUGCCGAGAAUUGCUUUGAUGGCUGCGGUAGUGGUGGUGGCUUGUCUUGCGGCAGGGCUGGUGAGUGAAGUGGCGGCGAAGAAAUGGACGGUGGGAAAUAACAAGUUCUGGAAUCCCAAUGUCAAUUAUACCGUUUGGGCUCAGGACAAACAUUUCUACUUCGACGACUGGCUCUAUUUUGUGUACGAGAGAAACCAAUACAACGUUAUAGAAGUGAACGAGACCAACUACAUAAGCUGCAAUUCCGAUAACCCCAUCGCUAACUGGAGUCGUGGAUCCGGAAGGGACGUCGUUCAUCUCAAUGUGACCAAACAUUACUACCUCAUUAGCGGUUAUGGUGGUGGAUGUUACGCCGGUAUGAAGCUCUCUAUUUUAGUUGAGAAGCCGCCUCUUCCACCAGCUCCAGCACCUAACAAAAGCAAUGCAAGAAGAGCCUUCACCGUCUCAGCUUUUGCUCCUCAGUUUGUUAUUCCGGUAGCUGUUUUUGCAGCAAUAGGGUUAAUGUGGGACAAUGUGGUACUACCUUUUUGGUAACUAGUCUUGAUUUCUCCAUUUUAGAUUGUAGUGUUACUCUCUUUUUUCUUCUUAAUGUUGGUUUUGUUGAUCUUCUAUCAUUGUUCCCUGGACGUGUGUGUGCGCGCCUUAGGAGGUUGUUUAUGCUCUCGCUUUUGUUGGUGGGAAAUCAAUUGUUGAAGAACAACAAGUGUAGUUUUAUUUAUAUGAUGAAUCUUCCAAACUUGAU